CAGUUGGUGCUGGUCGGAAGGCUUGGAGGAUUGUUGGGGGGAUGUUAGCAGAAGACAAGUGGGGCUGGCAGAGCAGUUUACACUGGAGAGGGAAACAUGUGUGCGGGGGAGCCAUCGUCACCCCACGUUGGAUCAUUACUGCAGCCCACUGCUUCAUCCAGUACAACAUGUUGAAGGAGUCAGAGUGGCAGGUGGUUGUGGACACGCUCAGUUUGACGGACACAUCUGCGGGCCAACGCUACAGAGCACUGCAGAUCCUCUAUCACCCCAGCUUCUCCAUAAACAACAACGACUAUGACCUGGGGCUACUGCGCACUGUGGCUGACAUAGACAUGGGAGGUGGGGUUCGACCAGUAUGUAUGCCCAGUCCUAGAGAGUCCUUCCUUCCUGGUGCCCCCUGUUGGGUCACUGGCUGGGGCUUCACUAAAGAAGGGGGCUCUGUAUCAUCUGAGCUACGACAGGCUCAGGUGCAAGUGAUAGCCCAGUCCACGUGUUCCCGCCCGAAUGUCUACGGCUCCUACCUCACUCCCAGGAUGCUUUGUGCUGGCACCAUGGAGGGAGGGGUGGACUCAUGCCAGGGAGACAGUGGAGGCCCACUGGUGUGUGAGACAGGGAAGGGGGACUGGAGGCUGGCUGGGAUAGUGAGCUGGGGAGAUGGCUGUGGUCGGCCCAACAAACCAGGAGUCUACACCAGAGUCACCCAGCUGCUUCCCUGGAUGUACAAAUACGUAGAGAUGGACACAUUUGAAGAAUCUGGAACCCCAACAACAAUGAAUUAUACCUCUGACAGCUUUUAUUAGCAGUAAUGCGACCACUUACAUUUAUGCAAAAUAUUAAAGUAUUAUGUAUUUUUGCUUGGCAUUCAAUAUUUGUAAUUUUAUUGAAAGCACAUUCUCAUUCAAACCAUUAUGGUUAAUUACUCAUAAU